UACAUUUUGUGAGUUAAUUGUAAAGUAUAUAAUUUAUUUGGAAUCUGCUAGGUGUUAUCAAAUUGGAGCAAAACCACGUUACGUGGAAUCUGGUGCUUGCGAAACACAAGUUAGGGUUUAUAUCAGGAAGACGCCUGGGACAUGAAUACAAGGUGCACACUGCGUAGCCUCAGAUCUCUUUAUUGUUUCCUAGAGACCAAUCCAAUAAGGAAGUUCUGCUCCACAAAAUACAGUAUGGCAUCUUUUAAACACAAGAAUGCUAAACGGAUAGAAGGACUGGACAAGAACGUAUGGGUUGCCUUCACAGCUUUAGCUGCCGAUCCCUCCAUUGUAAAUCUUGGUCAGGGUCUCCCAGACAUCCCUCCUCCAUCUUACAUAAAAGAUGGUCUUGCACAAGCUGCAAUGGUGGACCGGCUCAACCAGUACACACGUGGCUUUGGUCACCCAAGUCUGGUAAAAGCGCUGUCUCAGGUGUACAGUAAGGUGCACAACCGUCAAAUUGACCCUUUUAAGGAAAUCCUGGUUACAGUGGGAGGCUACGGGUCUUUAUUCAGCACCUUUCAGGGCCUAGUGGAAGAGGGAGAUGAGGUUAUAAUAAUUGAACCCUUCUUUGACUGCUAUGUUCCUAUGGUUAAGAUGGCAGGAGCCAAACCGGUUUUCAUACCACUUCGCCUUAAAUCCAGUAUGAAGGGAGACAUUAGCAGCGCAGACUGGGUUCUAGAUCAGGACGAACUUGCCAGUAAAUUCAAUUCCAAAACAAAGGCCAUUCUUAUUAACACACCUAAUAACCCCAUCGGGAAGGUGUUCAGCAGGAGUGAGCUGCAGGCUAUUGCAGAUCUCUGUAUCAAGCAUGACACAUUGUGCUUCAGCGAUGAGGUCUACGAAUGGCUCAUAUACAAAGGACAUGAACAUGUCAAGAUAGCGACACUACCUGGCAUGUGGGACCGAACCAUUACUAUUGGAAGUGCAGGAAAAACUUUCAGUGUGACUGGUUGGAAGCUUGGGUGGUCAAUAGGGCCAGAGCACUUGGUCAAACACCUCCAAACUGUCAUGCAGAACACUCUGUACACCUGUCCAACACCACUACAGGAAGCAGUUGCACAUGGACUCCUGCUUGACUGCGAGCGCAUGGGGCAGCCUGACUGCUAUUUCUCCAGCCUAGCUGAAGAGUUGAAGGGAAAGCGAGACCACUUGGCGGCUAUUUUGAAGCAGGCGGGGAUGAAUCCUGUAGUCCCUGAAGGAGGCUACUUUAUGCUCGCCGAUGUCACAGCUCUCAAUCAGGAUCUUACAGGCAUGGAAGGUGACGAGCCGUACGACUACAAAUUUGUUAAGUGGAUGAUAAAGGAGAAAAAAUUGGCGGCCAUUCCUGUUACAGCAUUCUGCAGGGACGAAUCCAAAAAGCAGUUUGAGAAAUUCAUCCGGCUGUGUUUCAUUAAGCAAGACAGUACGCUGGAUGCCGUGGAGGUCAUUCUGAAGAACUGGAACAAAACUUGACCUUCAUCAAUCACUGCAGAGAAGCUUAACUAUUCCUCUGAUUAUCUUUUACAGUGUGUAUGUGUUUUUAACGGAAAGUAUUGACGGAGAUGUAACACAACAUUACAAAAACAUUAUAGACAAUUUCACUUCACCACUCAGGGACUAAAUAAUAUUGCUGCAUAAUUAUUGGUAUCUGAAUGAAGGCAGAUAGUAGUAGUAGGUAAAACCAUGUUAAUCUUUUUAGAUACUUGAUUAUAUGCAGUUGCAUCUGCCUUGUAUUAACUAGGUGGACUUUUUCUGGAUGUUUUCUGUGGAAUGUUAUUACUCUGUUUGGUUUGGGUUAAGAAUUGAAUACUGUGUGAUCUCAAUAAACUCUACUGUUAAUAUCGUU